GUGGGCUGGCAGCCCAGCCUGCCGAAACUGAAAAAGAAGUGGCUCUUCCCAGCUUCCUGCAGCUUCUUCUUCCUGCUCUCUGUGGUUAUGACUGGCUGCUUCCUGUGGCAAUAUCACCUCCCCAAGCUGGACGCCAGUUCCUUGGGACCAGAGGUGGCCUCUGCCCCUGUGAGGAUGUGUCCCCGACACCCUGAGCCCGUGCCGCUGGCCCACCCCCUCCCUGUGUUGAAGGAGGCCCUGGAAAAGGUGGACAGGAUCCUGCGUCAGGCACUGUCUGCCCCGGGCCUGGCUGCCAUGUCUGCAGUUGUCAUCCACAACGACACCGUGCUCUGGACCGGGAACUUUGGGAGGAAGAAUGGAUCAGACCCGGCCUCUGGGCCCCCCAAUGAAUACACUAUGUACCGAAUCUCCAGCAUCUCUAAGAUCUUUCCAGUCCUCAUGCUGUAUCGGCUGUGGGAGGAAGGCACUGUAGCCUCUCUAGAUGACCCUCUGGAGCGGUAUGCCAGCACCUUCACCAUUAACAACCCGUUGGGCAUGGCAUCAGCCCCUGAACAACAGAGCUUGAUGGAUGAGCUGGAGAAGGUGGGCCCAGCCCCAAGGCCUUCGUCCGUCACCCUCCGAAGGAUGGCCAGCCAGCUCUCAGGGCUGCCCAGAAGGCUCCGCUCUACUUCCCUGCUGUGGAGGGGCAGCACCCAGGAGGCCCUGAGCCUGCUCAAGGAUGAUGUGCUGGUGGCAGACCCGGGAACCAGGUGCCAUUACAGCACUCUGGCCUUCUCGCUUCUGGCCCAUGUUCUCGCAGCGCACACUGCUCAGGGCGACUACCAGCGCUGGAUCCUGGAGAACGUGCUGGAACCGCUGGGCAUGGAGGACACGGGCUUUGACCUCACGCCCCUAGUGCGCGCCCGCCUGGCGGCUGGCUUCUACGGCAGCGGCCGGCCGGCGCCGCUCUACGACCUGGGCUGGUACCGGCCGUCCGGCCAGAUGUACUCCACCCCGGCGGACCUGGCCAAGCUGGCCAUGGUGCUCCUGGGCGGCGGGCCCCCGCUCCUGCGGCCCGACGCGGCCAAGGCCCUGCUGGCGCCGCUGCUGGCCUGCUCGGGCGCCUACUUCGCCAACGAGACGGGCACCCCGUGGGAGUUCCACGCGCAGGGGGGCUACCGCGUGGUGCGCAAGGACGGCGACCUGGACGGCUACGCCGCCACCUUCUCCCUGGUGCCGCCGCUGCGCCUGAGCCUCGUGCUGCUGCUGGCGGGGCCGCGGCCACCCGGGCGCGACCUAGUGGCGCAGGCCUACGACGUGCUCCUGCCCGCCAUGGAGAGGGCCCUACGCGAGGCCGAGCCCAGCCCCGCCCCGCCGCCCAGCGCGCGCCCCUUCGCCGGCUACUUCACCUUCGCCAACCAGACCUUCUACGAGGUGCGCCCCGGGCCGGAGGGCGAGCUGCGCCUGCGCCAGUUCGGGCCCCGCGUCGAGGCGCUGGUGCCCCCCGCGUUCCGCACGCUGGCGCUGCGUCACCUGCGCGGCCGCGUCUUCCAGCUGCACGUGGCCCGCGAGUUCCCCUGCGAGCUGCCGCUCGGCGACGCCUGGCUCUCCCUCGAGGCGCAGCACGGGCAGCUCGUCAACUUCUACCCCUUGGACCGCCACGGACUGUCCCCUGGCUUCGACGUGCCGGGCCUGAACACCUACCGGGUGCUGCGGCUGCAGCGCAAGCCCGUAUUCAAGACCCAGUGA